AUGAUUCAUGAGUUGUAUAAUGCUAGGGCAGCAUUAUCAAUCGCUCAAAAAGAAGGAUUACUAGCUUCAUUUCAAGUGCGUCCUACACUCAUAGAAGAUAUUCUACGUGAGCAAUUAAAGGAUUCUGAUUUUCAAAAGUUAGCUGAGGAAGUAGAUAAAGAAUUGAGGACAGACUACCAAUUAAGAGCUGACAGAAUGCUAUUGAAAGAAGGUAAGAUAUGCAUACCUAAGGACUUAGCACUUAAACAAGCUAUUCUAGAAGAAGCACAUAGCUCGGCCUAUGCUAUGCAUUUGGGAAGUACGAAGAUGUUCGGUAGGAAAAGGAAAUUAAGCCCCAGAUAUAUUGGACCUUACGAGAUAAUAGAAAGAGUUGGCCCCAUGGCAUAUCGAUUGGAUUUGCCUCCAGAAUUAUCUCGUACUCAUGAUGUGUUUCAUGUGGCAAUGCUUAGAAAGUAUGUGCCCGGUCCUACCCAUGUGUCGCCUGAGCAACCAGUACAGUUGAAAGAGAAUUUUUCUUAUAAAGAGAAACCAAUGAAGAUUCUUGACAGAAAGGAACAGGUUUUAAGGAACAAGACAAUCCCGUUGGUAAAGGUACUAUGGCGAAACCAUAGCACAGAAGAAGCAACGUGGGAAGCCAAAGAGCAAAUCAGAAACAAGUAUCCGCAGUUGUUUAAUUAA